UAUUUGAAACCCCAAUAGUUCCAUUCGAUGGUCUAUCGAGCCAUUAACAUCGCCAAGUCUUUAUAUACGCAUUUUUGGCACUCUACCCCCAAAAAACUCAUUAUGCAAGACUUGCUCAAACCCCCUGCCCAUGUGCAGCUAAUGAAACAACUAGAUAGGGCUGCUUUUGCCAAAACCAUUGAAGUCCCACUGCUCAAAGCGCGCAACAUCAAGCUAUCCUCUGUUAUACCCAUCGUGAAGCCGUUUCUAUUGAAGCUGAGGAAGUUCAAAUCAAUCCGCCCUAGCGAAAGUGGUGAAGUGCGCAUUUAUUUGAACCCACUACUUGUGGGAAGUUGGGGAGAUUUUCCCAAUGAAACUAGAGCGAGCUUGGAAACCCUGAGUUUGAACCACAGCAACUUCACGGUGGAGAGUUUCACCUUGCAAUACGAGCAUUAUAGUGUAGAAGCGAUCCUGCAGGCAGUUUUGCCUAAAGAGCAGGAAGGCUGUUCGAGUUUCACCACUGUAGGCCAUAUAGUGCAUGUGAAUUUACGUGAGCAUUUGAUGCCGUACAAGGACAUUAUAGGGGAGGUUCUGUACGACAAUGUCCCAAACUGCAAAUCAGUGGUGAACAAAACCAACAUGAUUGACAACACUUACCGCAAUUUCCAAAUGGAAAUUCUUAAAGGCGACAGCAAUAUGCAGACGGAAGUGAAGGCAAAUAAUUGCCGAUUUCAGUUCGAUUUUGCUUCAGUUUAUUGGAACUCCCGACUGGGCACUGAGCAUGAAAGAAUCGUGAAGGCGCUCAAGCCCCAUAGUGUGCUUUUCGAUGUUUUUGCCGGCGUGGGGCCGUUUUCUAUCCCAGCAGCCAAGAAAAAGUGCACAGUAUUUGCCAACGAUUUGAACCCCCAGUCCUUCAAGUGGCUGGUACAUAACAAGAAGCUCAAUAAAAUACCCGAGGAUUUAUUCAACGAGUACAACAUGGAUGGGCGGGACUUUAUAAAGACGGUGUUUAAAGAAAACUUUCCACGGUUUAGUGGAAAACACCCAGUCUAUGUUACAAUGAACCUUCCCGCCUUGGCUGUGGAGUUUCUUGAGGCGUUUGUAGGCCUUUAUAGCUUAGAGGAGGAGACGCAGGAAUUUGAGCCUGUGACUCUGUACGUGUAUUGCUUCGCCAAGGGCGAAGAUCCUGAAAAAAUCACCAGGAACUUGAUAGAAAGUUGCUUGAGAGUGAAAAACGUCGGUAUCCAAACGAAAAUCACUGAGCUCUUCAAAGUGAGAACAGUGAGCUCGAUGAAAGAAAUGAUGAGAGUGACUUUGAGCCUGGAUAGAGAUAUUUUAACGGGGGUGGCUGAGAGCAAAAGGAAAUUGCAAGAUGAGCUGGGCAUUAAAGAGGAUGUUAAGCGGCUCUGUCGAUCUGGUAAACAUGGGGAAGAACAAGAAGAAGCUGAACAGCGUCUUCAAAGUGGCGGGAGCCAAGAGUUUAAAAAUGAAGGCCAAAGCCAAGCCAGUAAAGAGUGAAUUGAAGAAUAUAAAAUUGAAAACCAAAGAAAAAGUGCUGGAAAUCGACAAGGCGCUGGACGGAUUACGGGGAACAUUCAUCACAACAUCCACAGAAAUAAAGCAGACAAAUAAGCCAAAGACCACGCCAUUACCGAUUGUGAAAGUUGAUGAAAAUGUUGAAAAUAACAGAAUAGAGGCGACAGAAAAAUUGGAAACCAUGCAACUGUAAUACACAGUGGUUGCGCAAAAUAUACAUUUUUAUAUGGUU